AUGCUCAUGGCAAAGCUAGACUACAUGCAGCACAGUGUACUGGAACUACAGACCGAAUUGGCCAAGCAGCGGGAAGAGGCUGCGCAGAGCCAAGCUGACACCAAGGCGCAUAUGACCAUGAGACUGGACCAAAUGCAGCACAAUUUUCUGGAACUACAGACCGAAGUGGCCAAGCACCGGGAAGAAGCUGCGCAAAGCCAAAAUGACAGCGAGCCGCACAUGCAGCACUGUUUCUUGGAGCUACAGACCGAAUUGACUAAGCACCGGGAAGAGGCUGCGCAAAACCAAAAAGACAUCCUCGAUGAUUUUGGACGCAACUUUACUCUCCUACAGGAACGAUCAUGGCAGAUCUUGACGCAAAUACUUACGCGUGUUACAACGAAGACCAAUCCUCUUUCAUAUGCACCCUAUCCCUCGUGCAGUGACAUUCGGAAUGCACAGUCUGGGGCAUAUAUUAUCCAGACGAACGGUGCAAGUAACCCUUUUAUGGCGUACUGUCAACGGGAUAUGAUGGGUAAAGGCAUCUGGUUGGUGAUACAGAUCCGAUUCGACGGAUCGCUGGACUUUUAUCGCAACUGGACCGAGUAUCGGAAUGGUUUUGGUGACAUUGAGAAGGAGUUCUGGAUCGGACUGGAACGAAUACAUCAGCUGACAUCGGGGCGACCCCAUGAACUGAUGGUUGAGCUGAGAGACUUUAAGGGGAAUUAUAAAUUUGCACUCUACGCAGCAUUCGAGAUUGGCAGUGAAGCCGAACAUUACAAUCUAAAAACACUUGGAGCGUACAACGGAACUGCAGGCGAUUCUCUGUCAUAUCACAAGAAUAUGAAAUUCUCAACGUACGAUCGUGAUAAUGACGUGUGGACGGGAGUAAAUUGUGCUGCAUAUCAUGAAGGUGCCUGGUGGUACGACAACUGCUCGCACUCCAAUUUGAACGGGCCAUACAAGAACAAAGCAGAUCAUAGAUCGAUGCACUGGCAGCACUUCAGCGGUUCCUAUGAAGGACUGAGCUUUUCAAGAAUGAUGAUCCGACCAAAAUAA